GAUUUGAGCAAAGGCCCCCCUCCCUUGGUCUCUUUGAUGUGCGCUGAAUCGCUUUGAAGUUUAUAAAUACAUUCUCCCUUUUUUGCUGUUGUCAGUGCUUAAGCCAGAUGAUUGUCAUUGAAAUAGAAAUCGAUUAUCAAGUGUGCGUUUGCUCUUAUUAGCACAGUGAGUUGAUAUAAUAGAUCGUCUCGCUUUAGUGUGAUACUUAGAUCGCAAGUGGAGAGGGAGGUGGGAUGUGUGCGGCGCGGUUAGCACUACCUCCUCCUUGAAAUUUUGACACCCCCUCUGAUCUAAAUAGGAGGACCUCUUGCGUGCUCUGGGGUCAGUUGUUGAAUGGGACAGGGUUUCAGACAAUCCCUCCCGUACUGAGGACAUACAUGGACUAGAAGACAGCCUAGCCUAGUCUCAAAUACAGCUUGCUGUUCAUGUUUUUUGUCGGAUUACUGUUGCUCAACGGAAAGCGAUUCUUGGAUUGUAAAUCUCGCAUCGGAAGACGGACAACAUUAAUGGAAUAGUGCGGUCAUCCCAUUUUUUACUGUGUUCUUUGACCAGGGUUUCGUUUUACAAUGAGAGAGAGAAGAGGAGCUGAGAAGCUCCCCUGCUGGUUUUAGUGAGUGAGGAGAUUGGAGCCGAGCUGCAAGCAGGCUAGCGCCGCACAAGGAUACGAACAGUGGAGCCAUGAGUAGGGCGCUAACGGAGCCUAUCGGCAGUAGCUUCAGAGAAGAUGCUCCUCGUCCUCCGGUGCCGGGGGAAGAGGGAGAAGCGUCAUGCCACACUCCCAGCAAAUAUGCCAAAAUGAGAGCUCAAAACAAGGCUAAACUGAUCGCCGCCUCUCCUUCGAGUUCCAUGUCGAAGAGGAACGAGGAUGGACUCGGGGAACCCGAGGGGAGCGCGUCCCCGGACUCUCCGCUUGCCCGGUGGACGAAGUCGUUGCAUUUUCUCUUGGGUGACCAAGACGGUGCUCACCUUUUCAGAACAUUUUUGGAGCGAGAGCAAUGCGUGGACACGUUAGACUUUUGGUUCGCCUGCAACGGUUUCAGGCAAAUGGACCUCAAAGAUUCCAAAACUGUACGAGUUGCCAAAGCAAUUUACAAACGGUACAUCGAAAACAACAGCAUUGUUGCCAAGCAAAUGAAACCUGCAACCAAGACAUACAUAAGGGAUAGUAUUAAGAAGCAACAGAUAGACUCCGCAAUGUUCGACCAGGCACAGACUGAGAUUCAGUCCACGAUGGAGGAGAAUGCUUACCAGAUGUUUUUAACUUCUGACAUAUACCUCGAGUACGUUCGCACCGGGUGCGAGAACGCUGCCUACGUGAAUCACAGCAAUCUUGGAAGUCUGAAGUUGAUGUGUGGGUAUCUUCCUCCGUUGAUUGAGGACAAGGAAUGGAAUUGCAAUGACUUAAAAGUGAAAGCCUUGGCCACCGUGGUCGGACUAUCGGAAAAAACAUUACGAGCUACUGUAUCCAUUCGGACGACGGAUGUGCUUGAACAUGCGUGCAGGACGCAGAGACGAGGAGAACCGGCGAAUCCGUACUUCGUCAACUCGGGGCACGUGUUCGCCCCCGCCACCAGUGCCAACGACAGCGAGAUCUCCAGCGACGCCAUGACAGACGACUCCAUGUCCAUGACAGACAGCAGUGUAGAAGGCAUCCCUCCGUACAAACUGGGCAAGAAGCAGCUUCAGAGGGAGAUGCAUCGCAGUGUCAAGAUCAACGGCCAGGUCUCUCUCCCCCACUUUCCGAGGACGAGUAGGCUGCCAAGGGAGAUGACCCCCGUGGAGCCGACGGCUUUCGCAGCUCAGCUCAUCGCCCGUCUAGAGAAGCUGAAGAAGGAGCAGGAGACACUGAGCUCCCUGGAGGAGCGACUACAGCAGAUCCAAGAGGAGGAAGAGAGGGACGAGAGUGAGGUGCCUGGCAGCACCCUCCCCACCCCCAGCACCCUCCACGCCCUCGCCCUGAUGCCCUCGGGCUCCUGUGAGGAGGACCCGCAGGCCAUCCUGGACGAGCACCUCUCCCGCGUCCUCAAGACCCCCGGCUGCCAGUCGCCCGGCGUGCCCGUCCGCUACUCCCCGCGCUCCCGCUCGCCCGACCGCUGCGCCACCUCCGCCACCGCCAGCCUCUUCCUGGGCAACGGCAGCCCUUCGUUCGCCGUGCCCGUGGGCAAAGGCCCUCUGGCCGCCAGGCAGGCCACCAAGCACAUCCACCACCACUACAUCCACCACCACCAUGCCACCUCACCCAAAACCAAGGAGCAGAUCGAGGCGGAGGCGGCGCAGCGCGUGGCCCAGUGCAUGUGCCCGCCCGGCAGCGCUGCCGACUACUCCUACCAGCGGUGCCACAGCCCGUCCGAGCUUAACUCUGGGCGUUCUAGCACUUUGUCCAAGAGACCCAGCAAGGCCAGCGACGGCAUGAGCGCCAGCCUGUCUGGGGGCGAGGGCAGCGUCACCCCUCAGCUGCCCUGCGACGGAACCGACCGCUCGCAGAACGUCUGGCAGUGGAUCCUGGACAGCGAGAGGCAGAACAAGCACAAACUGCACAGCACUCAAGGCCUAAAGAAGCUCCACACCCCCGAGGCCUCAUCCAAAACCCUCCCCAGUCGGACGCCGUCAUGGGGAGGUGGUGGCAUCGGCAAUGGUGGUAACCCUUCCCGCAACCACCACCCAGGGCACCCCUACAUCCAGGACCCUGCCAUGCCCCCUCUGCCGCCGCCCAACACCCUGGCACAGCUUGAGGAGGCCUGUCGGCGCCUGGAGGAAGUCUCUAAACCCCCAAAACAAAGGCAUUCAGCACCCAGCCUUCAAAAGGACCGGAGCCAUCCACAACCCUUCAUGAAUGGAAGCUCAGUUCCAGCCAGUCCCAGCCUUCUGACCGACGAGUGGAAAGAGCCAAAGAAGCCAUGCAACGGGCUCGGCGGAGUCCAGGCGGUGCUGCUGCCGAUGUCGUCGUCGUUGUCUUCGUCGUCGUCGUUGUUGUUGUCUUCGUCUUCGGAGCUGGUGGUCACGUACUUCUUCUGCGGCGAGGAGAUUCCGUACCGGCGCAUGAUGAAGACCCACUGCAUGACUCUGGGUCACUUCAAAGAGCAGCUGCGCAAGAAGGGCAACUACAGGUACUACUUCAAGAAGGCCAGUGACGAGUUUGAGUGCGGCGCCGUGUUCGAAGAGGUGUGGGACGAAUGCACAGUCCUGCCCAUGUACGAGGGCAAAGUCCUGGGUAAAGUGGAGAGAAUGGACUGAAGUAAAGAAGGGUGGACAUUGGACACCCUUUCCCCAAAGCACCUGCCAACCUCAGAUGGCAACAAACAAGCAACAACUA